GUGCAUCGCGUCCUCGUCUGUGCGCCCUCCAACCAUGCAGCAGAUCACCUUCUGCAGCGUCUUGUGAGGGACACGCGCAUUCCACCGCAGUACAUCACACGGGUGUAUUCGCGGUUCAUAGAGGCCAGCCACGGAAGCACCUACAAGAGUGGCCCCGUGCGAAAUGAGCGCGGCUUCGACAUUCAGCCUCAUCUUGAAGAACACAGCUUGCACUUCAAAGUGAGCCAAUCACCCCAGGUUGCCAGGCAGAGUGACGAUCAGAAGGCGUUUGACAAAGCCUAUGAAGCAGAGGAGGUUGCAGUUCUCAACAGAAGCCGUGUUGUGAUCAGCACGUGUACCAAUGCAUACUUGCAUCCUGCACUGAUCCAGGGUGAACCGCGAAAUGCUGUCCGCCCAGUCCAGUUCCACACUGAAGUCGUUGAUGAAGCCGCGCAAGCAAGUGAGCCUGAUGUCGUGCUGGCAGCCACUCAUGCGGCUUUGCGCUUGGUUGUGGUAGGGGAUCAUCAGCAGCUCGGACCUGUGAUAACCCAAAAAAACUUGUGUGCUGCAUACCUGGGUUCUUUGGAGGUCUCGUUCUUGGAGCGGAUGUUGAAGGAUCCAGUCCGACAGUGUGCCAGUGUCAUGCUGAACGUGCAGCAUCGCAUGCACGCAUCCAUCAGACGCUUUCCGUCGAUGCAGUACUAUGAGUCAAAGUUGACGGACCACGUCACAAUCCCGCAUCGCCCUGAGCUACAGAGCCUCUGGCCACAAGAGAAGGAGCACUGCCGCUUCAUUCACAGCUGCACUCCCCAUUCCAUCGAGCUGGCUUGUGAGACGUCCUUCGAAGCGAAAGGCUCCCUGAAAAACGCAGGGGAGGCAGAGGUUGCUGUGCAAGCAUGUGUCACGCUUCUGGAGAAGGGCUGCCAAGCGGAAGACAUUGCCAUCAUAACACCGUACACC